AUGUCAAAAGAGGCGAGAAUGAAGCAGAAGCGGUCGGAUCUGCAAGGAAUCCGAGGGAUCGCCAUCAUCUCGGUGUUGGGAUUCCAUUUCUAUCCCUCAAUAUUCCCCAAUGGAUACCUCGGAGUCGAUCAAUUCUUUGUAUUAUCCGGCUUCCUGAUGUGUAUGCUUCUGAAGAGAUCCGAAUCCGAUCCAAUCUUCACAUUGAUCCUCAAUUUCUACACAAAACGAUUCCGACGCAUUCUUCCCCUCUAUUAUCUCAUUAUACUUCUUGCCCUUAUAUCUCUCUAUUCAAUAUUUCCCCAAACCGCCGUGGAGAGCAAUUUGAAUUCGGCCUCAAAUGCAAUUCUUUUCAUUUCAAAUCGUCCAAAAUCCGCCGAAGAAGACUAUUUUCAACUGCUCGAUGCUGGAAGUGAUCUAUUCACCCACACAUGGUCAUUAUCAGUGGAAAUUCAAUUCUACUUCAUUGUUCCAAUAAUAUUCAUUUUGGGAACAUAUUUAUCGAGCCAUUUAAUAUAUUACGCAAUUAUCGGUUCGAUUAGUUUCGUCUAUUACACGAUAUCCGAUGAUUCGGUCUCGUUCAAUAGUGUGUUCGCAAGAAUCUGGCAAUUCCUCAUCGGAAUGUGCGUCUAUUUGUACACAGAAUGGAGCAACGAGAAAAAAAGAAUGACAGAGGAAAGAGAUGAGCUGAUUUCAUGCGAAAAUGACGAACAACUGCUUAGUCGUCCGGAAUGCCAAUCAAUUAUCAUAUAUCAGUGUAUUGUUAUACUCAUCACAGUCUACAUAUUAACAUAUCCAGUCGCGAUCACACCAGAAUUUUCAAAGCCAAUUGUCACAAUUUUCACUGGUAUGUUAAUGUGCGUAUCCGAAGGGAAUGCAGUGCUUUCGAAUCGAUUCUUGACCUAUAUUGGAGAUUUUUCAUAUUCGUUGUAUCUCAUUCAUUGGCCAAUUUUCACUUUUUGGAAACUUCAACUCGAAAAUUAUCAUUUUGCAUUAAUCGGAUGCCUUUUAUUAUCGAUUCUGCUUGCCAUCGGAACGUUCGAGAUUUUUGAAAAAUGGUAUCUGAAUCUGAGUUUGACAACAAUCUUCGCAUUGGUCGUUUUACUAUUAAUUUCAAAUGUUUUCCUUAUCAAUUUCGAUGAAGCAGUUCAAGUAUUCAACCAUGCCAAACAAAAUAAGACGCAAUUCGAGGAGAUUCCGGAUAAAGUCACAUUUGGCACGAAAAAAAUAUCGAUGGAAAUUUGA